CUGUCGCUGUGCUGCCGCCGCAGCCGCCCGCCGCUCUCGCCGCACACCAGCACGUACCAGAAGUCGUCGGCGUCGGCGGGCAUCAAGCCGCCGGACCUGUGGAUCCACCACGACCAGAUGGAGCUCAAGCACCUCGACAAGAGCCUGCACAGCUCCGCCAGUAAGAUAUCGGCAGGCAGCGUGGACGCGCCGAACCUCGCAUCGUCAACACUGACGCUGCCGCGCGGCGCGCCGCCCGCCGACUACGAGCCGGCGCGCAUGCAGCCGCCGCCCGCCUCGCUCGACUCCAGACACUACGUGCCUACUUAUGUCGACGGGCUACGCCCUUCGUCGCGCGGCGGCAGCGACUCGUGCGGGUCGUGCGUGUCGCGCGCGUCGCCCGGCACGUGCGCGAGCGCGUCGCAGGCAUCACACGCGUACCCGCGACGCUACGACGAGCGCCGCGACGCGUGCGAUUAUUCGCCGAUGACAGGCGUGGGCGUAGGAGUGGGCGUGGGCGUGGGCUGCACGUCGACAUGUGAGCGGCGCGGACACCCGCGACAUAACGUUCCUGAUCAGAGCACGCCGCUGCUGUCAGGCGUGGGCCCGCUACUGUCGCCGCAGUCGUCGCUGGCGUCGCUGCACGCCCCACAGCACGCCCCGCCGCCUGAAUGUUUGUCCGUAGGCGGCGGCACGUGUCCUUUAGGCGCGGCGUGUGGCGCGCCUCCUUCCACUGGAGGAGAUAUUUACGCGUGCGCGGCGCGUGAGAGAGGACACUAUGUUGCCUACGAGCCGCUCGGCCACUAUACGCACCGCGACUCGCUAAGCAGCGACGUGGGCGCGGGCGCGUCGAGCACGCUGCCGCACUCGGCGGGCCCGGCUGGCUCUAUGGGCGCAGCUGGCUCUAUGGGCGCGGGCGGCUCGCUGCAGAGACACGCGCGCGCGGUGCACAGCUUCCUGGACGGCUCGGAGCACUCCACGCCGGCGCACUCGCGAGGGCGGGCGCUGUGCGCGGGCGGCUCGCUGCAGAGACACGCGCGCGCGGUGCACAGCUUCCUGGACGGCUCGGAGCACUCCACGCCGGCGCACUCGCGAGGGCGGGCGCUGUGCGCGGGCGGCUCGCUGCAGAGACACGCGCGCGCGGUGCACAGCUUCCUGGACGGCUCGGAGCACUCCACGCCGCAUGCUGCCCCACUCGGCAGGGCGGGCGCUGUGCGCGGGCGGCUCGCUGCAGAGACACGCGCGCGCGGUGCACAGCUUCCUGGACGGCUCGGAGCACUCCACGCCGGCGCACUCGCGAGGCAUGUAUCAUACAUAGCAUGCUGCCCCACUCGGCAGGGCGGGCGCUGUGCGCGGGCGGCUCGCUGCAGAGACACGCGCGCGCGGUGCACAGCUUCCUGGACGGCUCGGAGCACUCCACGCCGGCGCACUCGCGAGGCAUGUAUCAUACAUAGCAUGCUGCCCCACUCGGCAGGGCGGGCGCUGUGCGCGGGCGGCUCGCUGCAGAGACACGCGCGCGCGGUGCACAGCUUCCUGGACGGCUCGGAGCACUCCACGCCGGCGCACUCGCGAGCGGGCAGUGCGCGCGAGACGUCGCCCUACAAGAAGAGUGCCAGUUCAUCGCCUGGACAUCUUCCUAACCGCCUGCAGCUCGGCGGUGCGGUAGCUCACUGCAGCUCGGAAUUAGAGCCGCUGACGCCGUCGCGCUCCACGGAGCGGCUGCAGCGCGAGAUGCAGAACCUAGAGGGGCUCAUGAAGGACCUCUCCGCCAUCACGCAGCAGCAGUUCCACUGCUAGCGCAAGGAGUACCGCCACUAGGCCACACGGCGGACUAUAGGUCAAGUGGACGCUAACUAAGCCACCAACUGGACUUACAGCUCACGUGGGCUCUAACGAAGCCACCAACUGGACUUACAGCUCACGUGGACUCUAACGAAGCCACCAACUGGACUUACAGCUCACGUGGACUCUAACGAAGCCACCAACUGGACUUACAGCUCACGUGGACUCUAAGGAAGCCACCAACUGGACUUACAGCUCACGUGGACUCUAAGGAAGCCACCAACUGGACUUACAGCUCACGUGGACUCUAAGGAAGCCACCAGCUGGACUUACAGCUCACGUGGACUCUAACGAAGCCAACUGGACUUACAGCUCACGUGGACUCUAACGAAGCCACCAACUGGACUUACAGCUCACAUGGACGCUAACUAGGUCACCGACUGAUCUGGUAACACUUACUAACUUUGUGAGAUGACAUGGACGCUAACUAACUGAGCCACCCCCGGCCAGAUGGUAACACUAAUUACACGGUAAUUGAAGUUGGACGCUACACAGUAUGCUGCGUCAGCGAAUAUUGUAAGAGGUCACGUGGACGUUAACUAUGCCAUCGACUGAUCUGGUUACACUUACUCUAGGAUACUUGUGAGCGAGCGCUCGCUAACUCUGGGAUACUUGUGAGGGCUCACAUGGACGCUAACUAUGCCAUCGACGGAUCUGGGAUUACAUUUACUUUAAGAUACUUGUGAGAGCUCAAGUGGACGCUACCGAAGCCACCGACGGAUCUGGUAACACUUACUCGAGACUUGUGAGAUCACAUGGACACUAACUAGGCCACCCCCGGCCAGGUGGUAAUACUUGUAAUUGAUGAAGGACCACUCCGCCAUCACGCAACAGCAGUUCCACUGCUAGCGCAAAGAGUACCGCCACUAUGCGUCGGGCUGACGGAUUUACAGUCACGUGGAC